UUAUGUAUCCAUAGGACCUACAUAAGUUACUUGACUUUGCUAAUAUUUAACUCAGCAUUUAUUCCUGUUAAUGCAAGAUAAAACAAACUCAUUGUAGGAUAGUGAGAUUUAACCAUAUGCACACGAAGAGGAUGAUGAAAUAUGCCGUACGACAACGCACGACCAGAUAAAUAAACAGCGUUUAUGAUGCAAGCAACGUCACUUAUGACGAGUCAACUCGUUUGUUUUAGUUUUGUCCCAAGACGACGCUCCAGCUCGAGGGAACUUUUCUUGCAGUCGUUGAAGGAGUUAAUCUUUAUUUCUAAGCGGAAAGCGCAGCAGAAUAGAAGACUGAACCAAGAUGUGGCUAACGACAUUAUUCCUCUUCGCACUUCUUCUGGUACUCCUGUGGGCAUAUUCCGCCCACCGCCAGAGUUACUGGGCCAAGCGGCGGGUGCCCACGUUCCCAAAGACAUUACCCUUAAUAGGCCACCUGAGUCACAUGAUGUCGAAGAAAAGGCAACGAUGGGAGUACAUCGAUGAGGUUUACAGAAAGCACGGUGGGUCAACGUUUUGCGGUUACUACGAAUUCUUACAGCCAAUACUCCUCGUUGGAGAUCCAGAACUCGCCAAGCUGAUUCUGAUCAAAGACUUUGACCAUUUUGUGGACCGGAGGACUUUCACCUUUCCCUUAGAGGAGGACGAUGUUGGGAACCACUUCUUGACCAACGCCACUGGCGCCCACUGGAAGGGCAUCCGUUCUGUGCUGUCCCCAAGUUUUACAUCUGGCAGGCUGAAAGGGAUGUUCCCUCUGGUAGCGGAUAAGGCUGACAAACUCGUUGAUUACCUCCUCAAGCUCAGAGAGGAAAAAGGAGCAUCAUCAUUUGCACUGAAGAAGACCUUUGGUCUCUACACUCUCGAAGUCAUUGCGUCAUGCGCCUUUGGGAUGGAAUCAGGAACCAUGGAAGAUGAAGACUCCCUGUUCAAUCAGAACGUAGCUAAGUUCUCCAAGAUAGGCCCUCUUCGUAUGUUGAAGUUCAUUCUGUUCAUGGCAGCUCCUAAGCUCUGCCAAUUGUUAAGGAUAAGGUUCAUCCAGGAUGAGAUGAUAUUCUUUAUGGAUGUUGUGAAGGAGUCCAUGGCUCAGCGGAAGGCUGGUUUGUAUCGUGGGGAUUUCCUCGACUUGAUGAUGGAGGCUCAGGUUGAUCAAGAAAACCCUUCAUCAAAGAUGCCAAAAUAUCCACUUACAGAGAAGAUCAUCGUAGCCAACUCAGUGCUAUUCAUCUUGGCUGGUUUCGACACCACAGCAACGACUAUCUCCUUCGUUGCCUUCUUAUUGGCCAAAUAUCCUGAAGUGCAACAGAAACUCAGGAAAGAACUUAACGGAUUGAUACAAGAGCCCUCAGAGAUGACUUACCAAGGAAUCAUGGAAGCUAAGUAUCUCGAUGCAUGUCUUUCAGAAACACUGAGAAUGUACAGUCCUGCACAUUUCACUGAGCGACAGUGUACAAAGGAGUACAAGUUACCCGGAACUGACGUAGUCAUCGCUCCCAAAACUGUCGUUUCUAUACCCAUCCACAGCAUCCAUCACGAUGAACGGUACUGGUCUGACCCGGAGGAAUUUCGCCCCGAGAGGUUUAUGCCUGAGAACGCAGGCGAAAUUAAGAGUGGGACCUAUAUACCAUUCGGUGUUGGACCCAGAAACUGCAUUGGUAUGAGGUUUGCCCAAAUGGAAUCGAAGUUGAUCAUCGCAAAGUUACUUUUGAACUUCGAGUUGAGUUGUGUGCCAGGCUCUGAGGACCUCGAACUCAGCCGUCAAUUAGGCCUCAUGCGGCCUAGUGACACGUUAGAGAUUGCCUUCAAGCCGCUCAGGUAGUGGAACAGUGGAACGCAGACCCAGAAGCAAUUUACUUCAUGAAGAAAAAAACAAAAAAAAAUAAAAUUAAGCCAUAUACUUAGAUUGAAAAAAAAGGCUUUAAUUCAUUUACUUCGACAAUGUAAGGAAGAAUUAAUAACGUGAAAGUAGUUUUGAAGAGCUCUAUUGGAGAGUGAAACGUUUUGAAAUUACUAUACAAAAUACUCAGUGAACCUUCCAUUUAUUUCCUGCUUCUGUAGCUGUAUUUUAUAUUUCAUUAUAAUUUAGUGGCCAUAUACUAAACUCUGAAUUAUUAACUGAAACUCGUCAGAUGUUUUUUUUAUUAACCCUGACAGUUUACUUUUUAAUUAAGUGGUAAAGGCGAAUAAACAUUAUUUUUUAUUUGUUACUUCUUUAAGUGAAUAUUCUUCGUAGGAGGUUAUUGUCGUCAGUGUACCUUAUACGAUACACUGUAGGCAUUAUUUAAGGUUCAUUGCAGUGCCUUUGGUCCCUAUAGCUGCAACCCUUUCGUUCCUUUUACCGUACCUCCUUUCAUAUUUCCUUUCUUCCAUCUUACUUUCCACCCUCUCCUAACAAUAAUUGCUUCUUAGUGCAAUUGCAAGGUUCUCCUGUCACACCUUUCAAACCUUUUGCUGUCAAUUUCCGUUUCAGCGCUGAAUAACCUCAUAUAUCCCAUUGUUUGUCCUUAGGCCUAAAUUCUAUAUUCAAUUCAAUUAAGUGAAUAUUGAUGAUUUAUCAAAUACAACAGAGACAAGGUCUUGUAUAUCACCUGAAUUUUUUCUAACUUCUUAAACUAUAUCUGUACAAUGACUCUAGGUGUAUAUAAGGUCAGAAUAAACUUAAAACAAAUCUGAA